UAAAGCUAGUGGGUCGUGCCCGAGCGUGCCAGUGCCUGCCUUACUCGACACAGGACUACAUCGCCCUUGGAGGAAAUUUUAUAUAAGUCAGAACAAGGGAAACAGGAAAGAGAUUUGAUCCUCUGCUUCGUCGAAGGCAAGUUCCGCGGUGGGAAGAGAGCGAGAGCGAGAGUGCGCGGUUUGUCGCAUCGCAUCCUUUUCCAUCGGCCGUCAAAAGAGGAUUAGAUCGCCUUUCUUCAGGAUGAUGUGCCAGCGUGUCGAGACAGGGACAGUCGUCGUGGCCGCCCUACUUAUAGUGUCAGCGUUCGUUUCCGCCGCCACAGCGUGCAGCGACCGCCACUCGUCGUGCCCCGUCUGGGCGAACCGAGGCGAGUGCUACAAGAACCGCGGCUACAUGCACAUCCACUGCGCCGAUUCCUGCGACCAGUGCGUCGUGCAAGACGAUAAAUGCAAGGACUUCCACGAGCAAUGUCCAGCGUGGGCGGGCAACGGAGAGUGCGAGAAGAACUACGUGUACAUGAGGAAAUCUUGCCCGCGAUCUUGCACCUUCUGCCAGCCUGCGAACAACCACGGCGUCCCCCACGUCAACCACAGCAUUGUCGACAGUUACUGGGAGAAGUUUAGGAAUAAGUACCCAGAGCUCGGUGUCGUGCAUGGAUAAGACACGGCAACAACAGCAACAGAAAUCAACAAGAGCAACAACAACAAACGUACGAAGACUAUAGGAGUCUCUUUUAUAUGAAUUCGUGUACUUUCCUCUCCUCUGGGAUAUUUCUGUCGCCGACGAUCCUGUAAAAGAUCCUUUUUCUUUUUUCUUUUCUUUUUUUUCUUUUUUUCUUUCUCUUCCUCUUUGUGUUGUUGUUGUUUUUUUUCUUAUUAUAAUUUGAGUUCAAUCCCCCUUGGGGUGUUUCGAAUCCCGUACCGUUGAGUUUCGAAUCCCUGAUCUCUUGAGUUUCGAAUCGUUUGGUGACGUCAAGAGGGAGGCGGCCGCUAAAAUGGCUCUCUAAGCAACUUACACUCGUCGAUUUAUUAAUAUAAGGAAAUAUAUGUAGAUUUACUCUUUUUUUCUGUAAUUAUAAUAUUGCUAAGACGGUUGGGAUGAAGGGAAAUCAAGAUUAUGAACUUCGAAACACGUGUCGAACAUGUUUCGAAUGUUCAUGUAAGACAACUUGAAGCAUCUAGGUUUUUUUUUUUCGACGGAUUUAGUUUUCCCUCCGCCCAAGAUGUUCGUCACGAGCUGAUUAACAUGCAAAUUACGCUUCUAUAGGUGAUUAGUUUAUCAUUCAAUAGUUAAUCAUCAACUAAAGCAAAUAUCAUGAUUAUUCUCCGCCAUUAUCAUUUCUCUUCACUUUUUUUCAAAGCACUCAUCGGUGGCGAAAUGCAAAUGAGGCCAAAUGACUCACUUCAAUUAUUAUUUCCUCUCUCUCUCUCUCUCUCUCUCUCUCUCUCUCUCUCUCUCUCUCUCUCUCUUCUCUCUCUCUCUCUCUCUCUCUCUCUCUCUCUCUCUCUCUCUCUCCAUGUAUCUAUUUAUCUGUCUAUCUAUCUAUCUAUAUACCUGUAUGCACUGACAUACAACACGUUCUGUACCAUUUGAAAUGUGAUAUUAAAAAUGACGUUUACUGACAUGCUUUGUACAUAUGUAUUCUUUUGUGUCAUGAAAUACCUGCUCAAGUAUGUAUUUUAAAGGUUUAUAUAAAAAAGAAAAAAAUAUAAGUAAGUAUCAUGUGACAGAAAAUGGUAAUGAGGAUGACAAGAUUUUUUAAGAACAAGAUCUAGGUUUGAAAAUAUAUUUUUACAUUUCUCUCUCUCUUUUUUUAAACAAAUCUUAUUGUGUUUACUCCCUCGCUUGAUAUGAUUAACCUUUAUUCUGUGAUUUUCUAUAGUCUUUAUAUUUUCGCAUCUCAUAUUGUCUUGAAGAAUGACUAUGCGUUUCUGAAUUACUCAAGAUAAAAUUUUAAGCGCGUUACCCCUUUCUAUAUAAUUAUUCAAGAUAAAUUAUUGAGCGCGUUACCCUUUUCCAAAGAUUAUUUUUUUCUUUUUUAGACAUUUCUUAUGAGAAGAGUUACUGUAAUAGUAACUUGGACUAAUUAAUUAAUUUAUGUUACUGUAUUCAAACUAGACGAAAAAAAAAUGGUUGUAAUAUUGUUUUAAAAUGAAGCGCCAUAUCAGGCUGGAAUAUGUGUGUGUGUGUGUGUG